GCAAUAGUAUUUAUUAAGUGCCUUCCGUGCCCAGAGCACUGUACUUAAUGCUGGAAAAAAAAAAAAAAGAAAACGCAGCUGAGAGUGAGACAUGGAUCUUCAGAUGCUCACAACCUACAAAUUGUGGGGAAGGGGUUUUAGAAAGAUGAAAUAAUGUAAAUACAAAGACAGAGUUCAGGAUCCAAUAAGACCAGUGGUAAAGGGGACCAGGUCAUCAAGAGUCUAGAUAGUUUCUACGCUGCCUCAGCAAACCAUAUAUACAGGCAAUUUUGGAUCAUAUUGUGGGUGUACAUCUGUAUGAAUGUGCAGGUGGUAAAUUACAAGUGUGCAUGGCAGCAUAGUCUUGGAAAACUAAGCCUGGAGUUAUUUCCAAUUAGUAGUAAUAGUAUUUAUUAAGUGCUUACUCUGUGCAGAGCACUGUGCUAAGCACUGGGACAGAAUUCAUAAGUGAAAAUUAGAAAUGGCUCCCUGUCCCUCAGGGAGAAGGAAUUGGUGAAAGACACAUAAGGAGGAUGGGCUUUUGAUAACUUUCCUUCCAGUUUUCAGUUUUCAUAUCAGCAGUGUAGAAUUGGGCCUCAGGCUAUGAUAUUUUGUAAUCAAUCAGUGGUAUCUGUUGAGCUCUUACUGUGUGCAGAGCACUAUACUGAACACUUGGGAGAGUACAAUACAACAUAGUUGGUAGAAACAUUCACUGCCCACAACGAGGAUACAGUCUAAAUUGUAAAAAGAAAAGUAAGUUUUAAAACUGCAAUUUAAAAAGGCAAUAAUAUGAUGACACAAAGCUUGCUUUGACUUUUCUGUAUUUUCUGUCAUGUAUUUUCGGCCUCUGAACUCUCUCUUUGCUCUGGUCUAAGAAAACGGUAAGGAUAGACUUUCAGAGUUGUGUGAUAGCUGUGGUUUAAGUGUAUCAUGCAGUCAAAAUCGCAAAAGGAGGGGCAGUGCCUAAAUGUAGUUACUGAAAAAUAGCAAAAUGAUUGUAAAAAGCUUUUAAAUGCCCAUGGGAACAGGAAGCAGCAGCCGCUGCUGCUAUUACUCUCACAAUAUCUUUCUUCGUUAUUGAGUUGCUUAAAUCCUUGCUCUUCCCCACCAUCUCCUGAUCAACAAAACCCCGCUGAGGUUGGAACAAACAGCUGACAGAUGAAGUGGAUGAGGAUAGAGGAUAAUGACCAGCGAAGAAGCAAGUGAAUUUCCCUAAACCCAUUCAACUUUUGGGCUAAAUAGCAACCGGCUUACUGUUUCGUAGAAGAAAGCAGCAUUCAGUACUCACCUAGUGUUGCCGCAGGUUGCCCUGUGGGACCCCAGGGAGACCCCGACAAGAAUGAAGAAGUUGGGCAGCUCCGAUUUGGCGGAGUUGGAAGUGACAAAGGAGCCUCUGGAUGACAACCCCGGUGAGAAUUCCAACCAGGGCACCCCUGAUGGCAUCCCAGGCUCUAAGCCUCCGCCUCCCAAACAUCACAUCUUCUCCACAGCUAGGAGCCGACACAGGCUCUUCACUAAGGGGGAUUCAGAGGAAUCUGCCCCAAUGGACUCCUCCUAUGAGGAGAUGGAACCAGCCUCAUGCCCCAUCAUCAAGUUCAGCCCCAUGGUUGAUAGAAGAAGAUGUAACCGUCAAUUUGUCAAGCAGCUGUCUGUGGAUUCCAUUUCCAUCGGGUCAGAGAAAGCCUUCAAACUCUAUGAUCGCCGAAGGAUCUUUGAUGCCGUGGCCCAAGGCAACUGUAGGGAACUGGAAGACCUGUUGGUCUAUCUCCUCAAGAGCACGAAGCAGCUUACGGACGUAGAAUUCAAAGAUCCAGAAACGGGAAAAACUUGCCUGCUGAAAGCUAUGCUGAAUUUGCAAAGUGGGAAGAAUGAGACCAUCCCCUUACUGCUGGAGAUCGCAGGACAGACCGACAACCUGAAAGAGUUUGUGAAUGCCGGCUACACCGAUAGCUACUACAGGGGUCAGACUGCUCUCCACAUUGCCAUUGAGAGGCGGAACAUGUACUUGGUGACCAUGCUGGUGCAGAACGGAGCCGAUGUCCAUGCUGCAGCCCAUGGUGACUUCUUUAAGAAAACCAAAGGCCGGCCGGGCUUUUAUUUUGGUGAACUUCCACUCUCCCUCGCUGCCUGCACCAACCAGCUGGGCAUUGUGAAGUUCCUGCUGCAGAACCCCUACCAUUCAGCUGACAUCGAUGCCAGGGACUCUAUAGGUAACACGGUCUUGCACGCCCUGGUAGAGGUGGCUGACAACACCCCGGAGAAUACUAAGUUUGUGACCAACAUGUACAAUGAGAUCCUGAUCCUGGGGGCCAAGAUUCACCCUACCUUGAAUCUGGAAGAGCUCACAAAUAAGAAGGGGUUGACUCCAUUAGCCCUAGCUGCCAAGAGUGGGAAGAUUGGGGUCCUGGCAUACAUCCUCAGGAGAGAAAUUCAAGAACCCGAAUGCAGGCACCUGUCCAGAAAAUUCACAGAGUGGGCUUAUGGACCAGUGCACUCCUCUCUUUAUGAUCUCUCCUGCAUUGACACAUGUGAGAAGAACUCAGUCCUCGAGGUUAUUGCUUACAGCAGUGAAACCCCUAACCGCCAUGACAUGCUCUUGGUUGAGCCCCUGAAUAGGCUCCUGCAAGAUAAGUGGGACAGAUUUGUCAAACGCAUAUUUUACUUCAACUUCUUCAUUUACAUCCUGUACAUCAUCACCUUCACUCUCGUUGCUUGCUACAGGCCUGUGGAUUUAAACCAAAAGCCUCCUUAUGCUCUCGGGAACACCGCCUUGCAGUAUUUACAAGUGUUUGGAGAAUUUUUGACUCUGCUGGGAGGGAUCUAUUUCUUUAUCAGAGGGAUACAGUAUUUCCUGCAGAGGCAACCGUCCUUGAAGACUUUGUUCGUCGACAGCUACAGUGAGGUGCUUUUCUUUAUCCAGUCUCUGCUCCUCCUGAUCUCAGUGGGGCUCUACUUCAGUGGCCAGAAGAUGUAUGUGGCUUUCAUGGUGUUGUCUCUGGCCAUGGGCUGGACAAACAUGCUGUACUACACCCGUGGCUUCCAGCAGAUGGGCAUUUAUGCUGUCAUGAUUGAAAAGAUGAUCCUGAGAGACCUAUGUCGCUUCAUGUUUGUCUACAGUGUGUUUCUGCUUGGAUUCUCCACAGCGGUGGUAUCCCUGAUUGAAGAUGGAAAAAACAGCACGGAAUGUACCUGUCUGUGGCAGGGGAAACGAGGCAACACCUGUAAGCCUUCUUCCCCUUCCUAUAACAGCCUGUACUCUACUUGCCUGGAGCUCUUCAAGUUCACUAUUGGCAUGGGAGAUCUAGAGUUCACCGAUAACUACGAUUUCAAAUUUGUCUUCAUCAUUCUUUUGCUCUCCUAUGUGAUUCUGACAUAUAUCCUGCUGCUAAACAUGCUCAUCGCCCUGAUGGGGGAGACAGUGAACAAGGUCUCGCAAGAAAGCAAGAACAUAUGGAAACUCCAGAGAGCCAUCACCAUCCUGGACAUUGAAAAGAGCUUCCUGAACUGCAUGAGGAAAGCAUUCCGCUCGGGAAAGCUGGUCCAGGUGGGCUACACGCCUGAUGGAAAGGACGAUUACCGAUGGUGCUUUAGAGUCGACGAAGUAAACUGGACCCAUUGGAACACCAAUCUGGGCAUCAUCAAUGAGGAUCCGGGGAACAGUGAAGGGAUUAAACGCACCUUGAGUUUUUCUUUGAGGUCUGGCCGAGUUUCAGGGAAAAACUGGAAGACCUUUCCUCUGGUUCCACUUUUAAGAGACGGAAGCACUCGAGAAAGGCCAACUCCCCGUCCCGAAGAAGUCAGGCUAAGGCCUUUUUCAGGCUCACUUAAGCCAGAAGAUGCUGAAGUGCAGAAGGAGUCACUUAUUUUAGAAGAAUGAUAUUCAGAGGUGUGAAGGAUACUGUGCCAAAUUAAGACCCAACUUCCCUGGGUCUAGCUAGGUAAUCAUGAGUUGGGAUAAGGCCCCAAGCUCCAAGGCCAGCUCUGCCCUAAAUAUCUCAGUAAAGGCAUAUUUACUCUGGCCUUAGGACCAAAAAUCAAUAUUUUUCCUCCAAGAGAAAGUGACUUUCUAUCAUUAGUUGGGAGGGCAUAAUGAUAGCUUAUACAUACAAUAUAUAUCUAUAUACACCUAUAUGUACACAAGCACAUAUCAUUUAUGUAUUUACACACACCUACCUAUUUAGGUGAAAUGAAGGUCCAAAGGAAAAGUUUCAAGUCUCCAGGAUCUCAUUUGCCCUCUUAGGAGUUCUUGACCCUGAUAGGUGUGCCCAAGGUUGGUAUCUUGAGGUUGGCUUCAUUAAGCAAAGCUAACUUGCCCACGGUGAGCUCUCUCCAGACAAGGAUCUGAGCAAGGUAGACUAUUGGAAAGGAGUUGGCAAACAUUUCUGGCCUGGAUCAUCAUAUCAGAUUUUGCCCAGGGUUGGACCUCUCCUGAAAAGUCCAAUCUUCUCUCCCUGCCUUCAGUGGAAGCUAGAAUUCAUUCACAUUCAUUCAUUCAUUCAAUCACAUUUAGUGAGCACUUACUGUGUGCAGAGCACUGUACUAAGCACUUGGAAAGUACAAUUCAACAACAAAUACAAUGAGUCUAGUUAGGAAAAAAAUCCCUGGGCUCGAUCUAUUUAGUCUUGAGAGGUUGGAGUGGGUGCUCGCCCCAGUCUCUCAACCAUUAGCAUUCAGCCUAGAAAAAAGGGUAAAGUGAAGCUUCUAAAAAGAAUUAGCCAAAAUAUCACCUUCCCAGCCCGAUCCCACCCAGAGCAAGACCUUAAGCAAGCCAGCCUGGUUGCAAGCCCUGCAAGCCAUGUGUCAGGAACUGUACCAAGCACUGAGGUGGAUACAAGUAAAUUGGGUUGGAAACA